UAGGUUUAAAUUAAAACAAUUGUACGAUAAGUCAUUAAUAAAAAAUGUAUAUUUAUUUAGGCCUAGUCUUCUUUUAAAAAAUUAGAAAUUUUUUAACUCCUACACUGGUUAAAAAACUUUUGCUUUUUAGUAGGCUGUGGCUAAAUAUUUACUUGCAGUUCGUGUUUGGAGUUUCCCCGUAUUGGAAACUUCAGUCGACAUUUAAAAUGUCGGGCACCAGCCAAAGCACCAGCUCCCGGAUGUCCAUGGGAGAUGGCAGCUGGAUUGGCUGGUUCCUGAAUCUCCAGGGCAAUGAGUUCCUUUGCCGCGUUCCAUUCGACUAUUUGGAGGAUAAGUUCAAUCUAACCGGAUUGGAGAACAAUGUUCCAAACUACACCCAGGCCCUGGACCUGAUAAUGGAUCCCGAGUUUGAUAACAACUGCUGGGACAACUCGAUGGACUCCCAAAGCGCAGAGCAACUUUAUGGGAUGAUCCAUGCCAGAUACAUCCUGACACCGCGCGGCGUCGACGACAUGCUAUUGAAGUACGAGCGCGGAGAGUUCGGUUCCUGCCCGAGGGUCUAUUGCAAGGGCCAGCGGGUUCUGCCCGUGGGUCUCACCGACCUGAUUGGUCAAUCACACGUUAAGGUCUACUGUCCGAGGUGUCAUGACAUCUUCCAGCCGAGAUCACGCUGUGCUCUGCUGGAUGGAGCCAUGUUCGGCAGUAGCUUCCCACACAUGUUCUUAAUGCAGUUGCCGGCAUUAAGACCUCAACCACCCAAGGAGAAGUAUGUUGCGCGUCUGUAUGGCUUUCAGUUGCAUAAAAAGGCUCUCAUGCCAUCCGAUUCGCCGGAGCGCAAGAUACCAUCAUCCGCAUCCACCACUACCACCGCAUCUGUUAUGGGAAACUCAUCGAAGAGUCUGACAUCGUCAGUGGCCAGUCGUUCGAUGAGGCGUCUCAACCUUUAGAUUCUUUACUGUCAACCUGUCCACACACUGUCCAUACACUAUUAUCCACACCCUGUCCACCCAACUGUACACGGAAAGCACAAACAUGGUCAAUUGUUUUUCGUUAUUGUUGAACAAAAUGCAGAUCCUGGUAGUGAGCUGAUAUAGCCAGAUGUACACAAACCACACUCCUUAGUUAAUUACACAAAUGAUCCUGGCUAUAUCAUCCACUUUAUAUAGCAUCAAAAAUA